AUGAAGGUGGAAGGCAAAACAAGGAGACAAACCCCCGGGAUAUUGUGCUGUGUCUGGGUACCGGGUGAGCCGAUGGAGCGCUUUGUCCGUGUUCCCUAUGGCUUGUACCAGGGCUAUGGGAAUGCAGUGCCUUUGGGCCAUCCCGGACUCUCUGAACACAAACAGCCCGACUGGAGGCGAAACACUGGUCCCCCCACUUUUCUGGCCAGGCCUGGGUUGCUGGUGCCUGCAAAUGCCUCUGACUACUGCAUGGACCCUUACAAGAGGGCACAGCUUAAGGCUGUUCUCUCCCAGAUGAACCCCAGCCUGAGCCUGCGGCUUUACAAGGCCAACACCAGGGAGGUGGGUGUGCAGGUGAGCCCACGGGUGGACAAGUACGUGCAGUGCUCACUGGGGCCUCGCACCUUGUGCAGCUGCUCUCCUUGGGGCAGCACGGGCCACAAGGCACCCCUAUCAGCCUGGGGAGUCUAUUCGCCAGUGAUAGGCCGCAGGGGCUUGAUUCAGCUGCAGAGGGAGGAGGAAGACCAGGAGAGGAAGGCACUUUUGGGUCCUGCUGAGGCCAGCCAGCAGCAGCAGCCACCACCAACACCUAGGUCGGAGGAGGAUAAGCAGGAGGAACUUCACCAGCACGAUGAGCUGGAGGAGGAAGAUGCCUCAAGUCCCCGGGAAAGGAAGAGCAAGCAGGCCCAGGGAGGUGGGCGAGCAGAUCUGCUCAGGAAACCCAAUUUCCAGUUUUUGGAACCAAAAUAUGGCUAUUUUCACUGUAAAGAUUGUAAGACCAGAUGGGAGAGUGCUUAUGUGUGGUGCAUUUCUGGAACUAAUAAGGUUUAUUUCAAACAACUAUGUUGCAAAUGCCAAAAGAGUUUUAACCCUUAUCGAGUAGAAGCAAUCCAGUGUCAGACCUGUUCAAAGUCUCGUUGUUCCUGUCCUCAAAAGAAAAGACACAUUGAUCUAAGGAGGCCUCAUCGACAGGAACUGUGUGGUCGCUGCAAAGACAAGAGAUUCUCCUGUGGCAAUACUUACAGCUUUAAAUACAUCAUGUGACAGGCAGUAUAAAUUGUACAGGACACCCAAGUCUCCUUGUAACUCACUGUACUGUUCCUUUUUUGCAACUUAGCUCUGAGCUGAUAUUGGAAAAUGGAUUAGGCUUUUGUACUUUUUGUAGGUUGUAUAACAAUUGUACAGUGUGAGUGGAAUAAAAUAAAUGCAUG